CGGGCAGCCAUGCACCAACAGCACCAACAGCACCAACACACAAUUGCUGUGUAUAGUAGACUACACAGUACAAGUUGGUCUUGUUGCUGCUGCUGCUGCUGUGUCGCGACCACGGGGGAACACAUGGAUCCACCAUCACCAUGUUCACGUAAUUUACCCGCCAAUACCAAUACAAAUGCCAAUCCUGUCAGCCGCUGACUGUACUUGUACCUAUGAGGCAACUUGCCCCUGUGAGUAUGUCAUAUGCGCCCAAUCCGUACACUAUGCCUGCCGGUGCUGACGCCGGCGGCGGCGGUGGCUGGCUGGAUAGGUCGUGGUUGUGGUCGUGGUUGUGGAUGCCAGCGUGGAGUUACGGUUGUAUUGCUGUGGCAGAUGCCGCUCUGCAAGUCCACACAGAUCGGCCAGUCCUCGGCGCCGCCUAUCGAUCCGUGACUUGCAGCUUUGUCCGUCACGCGCACCGUCGGCAGCCCAAUGGAUGGCCCUGCCCGCGGUUGGGUCCGAAUUCUGGGGAAACCAGAUCGCAGCUCGAACGGCCCUGUGGUCGAGUCAAUGCCACACACACACACGCAUCGUCAUGUCCAUCGGCGGUGCUACCCAUCCCUCAUGCCCACACCCCUGCCUGGCUGGCCCCUCCUCGCCCUUUCCGCACCUCCCUCUGUCAUGUAUGUAUGUACUGUGUGUUUGUAUUCUUCCGAACCUCCAGUGAGGACUGACUUUGGCAUGUUGAGAAGGGAGUGUGUGGACACCUACGGGCGCCACAUUUGUGCCGGGGUCGGAUCGCCCAGGCACCGCUUCUUGUUCCGCCGCGCCCCCAACAGGAUCAUCUCUGACCCAUACCAAGUAGAUCCCACGAUGGGGUGGACGCCUACAUAAGAUGGAGCCCUGGCCUCGCUUCUGUCCUUCGGGCCCUCGAGGUUUUCCCUCGGUGUGAUGGUGUCUUGAGAGUACAAGUCCCGGCUCCUUGAACUCAUCGCCCGCCAGACCCCCCGCCCAACCUCUCCAGUAUCGUGCAAGCUUGCAAGGCAAAAUGAGGCUCUCCGUAGCGUCCUCUCUCUCGUGGGCAGUCGCCUCGGUUGUGGCAACCCCUCUUGCUCCUCCCAAGAGCCUCGUGACUCGUCAAGAUGCCUCGACUUUGACGACGGAGGUUUACAACAACUUGAAAUAUUACAACGAGUACUCCGCGUCCACCUACUGCAACAGCGACAACGCUGCUGGUUCCUUGGUUGUCUGCCAGGAUGGUUGCCCCCAAGUAAUGGCGAAUGGGGCUACGGUUGUCGGCUCCCUGCCCAACACUACUGUCUUCGCGAUGGAAGGCUACGUUGCACUCGACAGCGUCAGGAAAGAGGUUGUUGUUGCUUUCCGCGGCUCGUCUGGGAUACGCAACUGGAUUGCAGACCUCACCUUCCUCCAGGUUCCAUGCGACUACACAAGCGGGUGUGCCGUCCACAGUGGCUUCAAGAUCGCGUGGGAGUCCAUCCGCGACUUCACCAUGAGCUUCGUCGACGCCGCCCUCACUGAGUACCCAGACUACAAGCUUGUCGUCACGGGCCACUCCCUCGGGGGUGCGGUAGGCACCUUAGCGGCCAUCGAGUUCAGGAACAAGGGCCACGCCUGCGACCUGUAUACUUAUGGCUCACCCCGGGUCGGCAACCUCGCCUUUGUCAAGUACGUUACCAACCAGGCUGGCGCUGAGUACCGGGCGACGCAUUUCGACGACCCCGUCCCUCGCCUGCCGCCAAUCCUGUUUGGUUACUUCCACACCAGUCCCGAGUAUUGGCUCGAGGCUGGGCCGGCAACCAACACCGAUUACUCUAUUGAUGAGAUCGAGACUUGCACGGGCUAUGCCAACAUCGGCUGCAACGCGGGGACUUUUGGGCUGGACGCCGACGCUCAUCUCCACUACUUCCAGUACCUGGGUUGCGAUUCCGGUUCCAACAGCGCAAGCGUCUCGCUCACGACGAGGGACGACAUCGCCACAAGCCCAUUGUGGACACGUGACGACGUGUCUGAUGAGGAGCUGGAGCAGAGACUCAACAACUACACGAUACAGGAUAUCGCAUACAGCCAACAGCUGGCCGCCGACGGCGAGGUGGUUUAAUUUUCGCACCAAGUAUAUAUUCCCGAAGCGGCGGGGCAACUUUAAUGUAUGCUUCAGCCAAUUAAUGUAUAUCAUCAGAUUGGGGUUGAGACCAGAGACUAUGACUUAUGAAUUAUGGCGGCAGAGCGUGUCAUUUUCAGGGCAUGAAUAAAAAAUACGUGCAUAC